UCAUAUCGCACUCUAUUUUCUAGGUCAAUUUAUAUAUUUUCCUAUUUAAGAGCAGAUGUAAAUCAUUUAAAUGAAAAAAGGGUUUUCAGUUUUUCACUACAGAUAAAGUUGAGGGGUAUCGGGCAAUUUUCCCUUCCAUCUAAUGGCAAUAAUGGCAUGAGCUGUAUAAAACCGGGCCGGGUAAGAUUUCCCUCUCCCUCGCUUUGCUCCGUAUUUUCCCUCCCUCUCCAAUCUCCAUUCGCAGAAAAAGCUCCGGUCACCUUCUCCGGCUGGCGUCUGCUGCCACCACCGUUCGAUCGGAGCCAGCGUCUCAGCAGCGGCGUUUGCUGUCACUCUUAAUUUUAUCUUCAGAGUAAGCGACCUUAGGGCUUAGGAGAACACUUCAGCAGCUUUAUGUUUCUUCUGGGUAUUUAUUCUUGAGUGUUGUGUCCAUGGAUGCUAAGGUUGACUGCAAUCUGUUAAGUAAUGGGCAAAACUUAUCACAGCACCGUGCCCUUGAAAAUUUGGACCUUGUCCACUGUCUGACAAUGGAUAAGCAGAUUACGGAUGAGUUGUUGAAAUUGCCCGCAAAACCAACUGCUUCCAUAAUCCCUGGAACUCCUGAUUCCAAGCAGGGGGAUGGGGAAUACGCGAAUGGUUUUGCAUCUUCAACCUCUUGUCUUCCAAGGGCUCUUUGCUUGAAAAGUUCUCAGAGUGACAUCAUAUCCUCAAAUGGUCACAGUCCUCGCACGCCCAAAGACAACGUGUUUGAUCCUUUUGCUCCUGGGCCAGACCAUCUUCUUCUAGCUCCCCUUGGUAAGAAACAUGGUGCAGAUUCACGAUCCAGUGUUGCCCGUAUGCUAAAGUUUGAAGAACCCUCAGGGUAUAGGAAUGACUCAAUUAGUGUUGAUUCUAUGCCUGAUGAAGUAAUGCUUGAAACAUUAUACAUAAUGCUCUUGGAGGUUAUUCUUUCAAAACAUAGGGAAGAGGUUCUUGCUGGGAUAUCAAAUCCGCAGUAUGAUUCUGAUGGUGACAGGACACCUACUGGUGCACCUGCUAUAAGCGGAAUUACUGACAGUUGUCCGGGUGCUCCCAAGAAGGCUACCAGAAAAAUCAUAAACAUUGAGAAGGGGUUGUGCAAGAAGCUUGAGUUUUGAUGUUUUCUUUGUGCAAGAAGAUUGCACCCUGACAUGGUGAAGAUGUAUGUGCCGUCCGCCUUUUGUUCAGUUGCAUUACCCUUGUAAGUCAUACAACAUGAACAUGUUUAGCUUUUAGGAAUAAUAAUAUAUACUUUUAUGGUCUGAUUUAGUAAUUUUACCCGCAAUUGCCCAUCUGCUGCUGCUGGAACCAGGCAUCUGUACAAUGUAACUUUAAAUUUGAAUUGAAUUGCCUUCUAUUAUUGAAAAGAUGGAAUGUUGUUGCUG